AUGUAUUCCAAGCUCCAGUCCAAUGUGUUUAGUAAAACAGUACAUACUGAAACAUUAGAAUUACAGCCCGAUGAUAAACGACUUUUAGAAACAACUUUUGUUAUGAAUGUUGGGACCAAUGACUUAGUAACAAUCUCCACUGGAAUCCUAUAUGACACGAGUUCAACUGACGAGUAUGCAGGAAUCGUGAUUGAAAAUGGUGCCAAGCUGGUGUUCAAGCCUAACGUAGUUGGUGGGCUUCUACUGAAGACAAACUAUAUUCUUAUCAAGGCAGGCGGCCGUAUGGAUGUCGGAUCUAAAGACUGUCGGUAUUCCGGAAAACUUACAAUCCAGCUACUAGGCGAAAGGGAUCCAGGUUAUGAUAUAGAGAACUUUGGAGACAAGUUCAUAGGCGUCGAAAGAGAUGCGGAUUUAAAUAUGUAUGGAGAGUACCAACUCCCAUGGACAAGAAUAGAAAAUACUCUGUCCAAAAUGUCGGAUGAUGGAUUUGCUUACCGUUCGGAAGUAACACAAGACAAUAACGUGCAGGGUCUGGUCGUGUACCACUUUGAUACUGAACUGGACACUUAUACUGCAGCAGAUGUAAAUGAGACGAUCAUCAACUUUAGGACAAUCUCACAAAAAACAUUCGAUAAACGAGUGGAACAACUUGCAGCUUACUUAGAUAGCGUUCCUGAACAACAUAUAGUUGUUUUCGCAAUCCGGAAAUCUUUGGUAACACCGAAUAACAGUGAAGGAAUUAACCUUACCGCAUUAUACAACUUGGUCGAAGAUUUCUUUAAUUUAGAAGAAGGAAUGUCUAAAAUCCGCCAACUGGAAUUUUAUGAUGGUUAUGCUGGUAUUAAAAGGAAAGGUAUGAAUAGCAACUCAAAUAGCGCAGACGGGAUUGAGGCACAAAGUGAUUACAACAAGGACAAUGCUGUUCAGAUAUCUGAAGCAUCGAUGUCUACUGAGGAUCGUACUUUGACAGCUAUGAGUUUCAUUAGCUUAAAAGGUCAUGGAAAGUCCUUUACAAGGGUAGAGGUAACCUACCGCAACCAUUCCGAGCACAUUAUAGAACUUGCCGAUGACGUUUCCACCUGGAACGUAGACGACAGAAUUAUGAUCGCAUCUACAUCCAAGGAUCCUGAAGAACAUGAAUAUGCAACGAUCACGGAACUAGUUGAUUCUACUCAUGUGAAGAUUCGGUUGGUGACCAGAUACGAACACUUGUGCCAAACGUACAAGGGGGUUUUCAUGUGUGCCGAGGUGGCACUACUAAACCGCAACGUGGUCGUGAAAGGAGUAACAUUUGGUGCGGACAAAUAUGGCGGUCAUAUUAAGUGUGUGGCUGAUUUCAAUUCCUUCAAUCUUAAUUCCAUAGAACUGAAACAUAUGGGUCAACAAUUUCCUAUCGGAAGGUACCCUGUCCAUUUUCACCUAGCAGGAGAUGUAGAGGGAAAAGCUAGUGUUGAUUCACUGGUCAUCUACCUCACGUAUGCCCGAUGUGUCACCAUUCAUCGCACAAACAAUUUAACUGUGAGAAACACCGUAUGUAUAGAGAGUGCUGGACACGGGUACUUUCUAGAGGAUGGCGACGAGCAAUAUAACAAGAUUCUAAACAAUCUUGCCAUGCUUAUCCGAAAACCAGACAAUGACGGCGUUUUUCUCAUUCCAUCAGAUAAAAAUCCAUCAGGUUUUUACAUUACCAAUCCUAACAACGAAUUUGAGGGAAAUGUAGCAGUAGGGUCUGAAAGCAUUGGAUUUUAUGUGGUGUUUCCAAUAUCACCGACUGGUACAGCAGACCCGCUGAAUGGUUUAAAAGACUAUGAAGCAAGCAGAACUAAAAUUACGCUUUUCAAAGGGAACACGUUCCACUCAAACUUAGAGACUGGUUUAUACUUUGAUGAUCACAUGGACACUGAUGGUAAUAUCAUCGCAAACAGUGGUUACAACCCACGAGUCGCCCCGAAUGACAGUGGUUCUGAGCUAGCUCUACUAGAACUUAGUUGCCUGACUGGAUAUUCCAAUGGCAAAGUCAAUAUGCGGCUAAGAGCAGCUAAGGUAUCACUCUCUAAUAUUGCGUUGGCAAAGAGCAAAACGGGACUUUUACUUCUGAGAGGAGCAAGGAAUGAAGUGUACGAUCAGGAAUUAAAGACAAGUUCUAUCAUUGGUGAGCGUGGAAGCGCUGAUGUAGUGGAGAGUAACGAUACUGACUCAGACUCUAGAGCCGGGUUGAGGUUUUCUGGACCAGUCAAUUUGAGUGGGGUAUACUUUGACGAUUUCUAUGCAACUGACGUUUACGACUCAGGGGCCAUCGCUUUUGUAGCGGACAACAAUGAAGAAAUUGCUGGGAAUAUAAUAGGAAACGAUGUGUAUUUCGGCUUCAGGGACCCCACUGAUGGUAACCGAGUGCUUAAGCCAAACACAGCUAAAGACGCUGACGGAAACCUUGUUGAAUCAUUUCGUGAUGACUCCGGAUCUGUUACGGAUUCAGACUCAGCAGUGACUGUCCUAAGAAGUACUGAUUUCCAGUUAACAGAAAACUGCUAUAAAAGGGAAAACUGGGGAAACUAUUCCGUCUGUGAUGAAAAUUACGCAAUGGUAAAAGUAACUAAACCGGCUUCCGUGUUUAGAGUUGAUCAUGAAGGUAAAACUGAAACAUUGGAAUCUGAAGGAGGAAUCUCCCCAAGUAAUACUCCAUUCAACCUUAUUGUCAACAACCAGCAAUACCACUAUAUAAUGCGCUUUGAUGGUUUUGAUUUUGGAAAAACAGUGAACUUUAAGACAUUUGAAAGCAAUAAAGGUGAACGUGUGAUUGUUGGUUUCUGUGUACCUCCUUCUGCCGACCUGAGAAUCCAGUAUAACGCCUCGGACAGGUUUUCCUAUACGCCUUCUUACGAUGACUUAGCAACUAGUUCUGAAAACAUAUACUUCCAUGAUAAGAAUGCCGGGAUUGUCUUUGUAAACGUCGUUGGACCAGAUGACGACGCAACAUAUUGUUUGAACGAUUACGAAGAUAAAGGAAUAUGUCGUAGUAUAAAGAUCAAGGUAACAAACAGUGUCACUGGAGAAAACGAUUGUAUCCAGAAUUCACUGAAGUAUAAACCACCAUCACCACAGGUGAGGAGAGUACUCAGCCCGAAGCAAAAGCUUGGGACCAAAGGUGAAAAGGGGUUAAUAGACCUUAUUCAGCAGCUCAUUAACAGGAGAUACAAUGCUUCUGAUAAGACAUCUGGCUAUGGCACCUGUGAUGCUUGA